AUGUGGUGUUUGGCGGCCUUUGUUGCGCUCCUGUAUGCGCUGUGUGAUGUGAACUACUUCAUACGGAUCCUUUUUACCAUACUGCAUGUGAUGGUAGUACCGGGAACGAUUAAAGUUACCGACAAACAUACAAUUUAUGGGUUCUGCACAACGCAGGAUGUGGAUUUCCUGCUGAAUCAUAUGAACAAUGGACGCUAUCUGCGUGAGCUCGAUUUCUGUCGGUUCUAUUGGUACGGUCGGACACGCUUCUGGCCACUGGGAAACGCAAAGAACCUACUGCAGGGUGAAUGUAUGGUACGGUACCGGCGCAUGCUACCCAUCUUCAAGGCGUACAAGGUGGAAACGCAGCUAGUUUGGUGGGACGAGCGAUCAAUUUACUUUGAGCAUAAGUUUAUCACGCUGCACGACGGGUUUAUACGUACCGUGGCUUACUCCCGCCAGCGUGCGAUCGGUGCCGAUUUGCUCGAGUACGUCAAACAGUUCCCGGAGUGUCGGGAACGACCCGCCCAGCCCACCGUCCUGAAGGGCUGGAUCGAAGCGAACGAGGCAAGCAGUCUGCAGCUACGCAAGUGA